CUCCGUGACGACUCUGACGUCAUCAUUUCGUUCCAGCCAUUCUUUCUGAUGAAGAGGCAGGCAGAGGGAACAUGGCUGCCGAGCACACACAGAACCCCGACAGAGUGCCGAAUGACCCGUUAAUUAACUCUAGAGAUGUAAAGAAUGAUGCCGAAUCUGGCGUUUCUUUAAGAGAACAUGAUGUUAGUGCAAAGGAUUUCGAUAACAAUGCCGAAGCGAAAGAAAAUGUGCAAACAGAUGUUGAUUCAGGGUUAGUAAGUCAUGCAGAAUCCAGCACAAGUCUCGUUGAUUUGGAGUCCACCGUUUCUACAACAGAGACGAAGAAACCCUCCGUUGUUUCCUCAAGCCUUCAGCUCCAAAUGGAAUGGUCUGACACGGAGGAAGAUUCGGGGCAACCCAUACUAAACGACUGUGGGGGAAAUGCCCUUGAAGCUGAUGGAGCAGAUGAUGUUACACCUGAGCCAAGGAAGGAGACUGUAGCACUUUCAUCCGGAGCUGAAACAACAUUGAAACGGAAAGUAGAACCACCUCAGCUGCAGGAUGAUCAGGCUGCAUCAGAGGAAGUCAGCAAAGAAUUGCAUGCUGAGGAACCAGUGGCAUUAGAGAAGAAAGGAGGAGGAGGAGGAGGAGGAGGUGGUGAAGAUGAGAAAAGAGGAGGUGAAGAUGAGAAAGGAGGGGGUGAAGAUGAGAAAGGAGGGGGUGAAGAUGAGAAAGGAGGAGGUGAAGAUGAGAAAGGAAAGACACGAGAGGAGGAGAAAGGAGGAGGAGAAGAUGAGAAAAAAAAAGAAGGAGAGGUAGAAGCAGCCGAGGAAGGCAAAGUAGAGGAGGAGGUUGUUGUUGUGAAGCAGAGGAAAUCUCGUCUGGAAUGCCGUGAGUGUGGGAAGUGUUUCACCCGUCGAGAGACAUACAACCUCCACCGUCACUUCCACAUGCACCAGGACGAACAAGCCUCCCUCACCUGCAAAGAGUGCGGCCUCACAUUCCAGCACCGGAGCAGCCUCAUCAAGCAUCGAAAUGAACACAAGGAGAAGGAGAAAGCUGAGUCCGUAGCACCCUCAGUACAAGCAUCUGUAUCGUUUUCAGACAGAAAAGCCCUUAUCAAGGCGAAGGACACACAAAAUGACCCACAGUGUGAAUAUUGUGGUAAGACAUUUGACACGCUGGCCAAGCUCCGCACGCACAAUUGUAAACUGGCCCCAGAGAAGCCGUACCGAUGUCCGUUAUGUCGCAAGGAGUUUCAGUACAGAGUUUCCAUCACUGCCCACAUGCAGACACACUCCCUGGAAAGCCCUUUCCGCUGUCUGGAGUGCAACAAGGGCUUUCAUUCUGCCAUGAUGCUGAGGAUUCAUCAGCGGUCUCACGCUGCUCUCAAGCCCUUUGCAUGUCCUGAGUGUGGGAUGGUCUUCAGACAUCGCUCUGUCAUGGAGGACCACCGGCGGAAGCACACGGACGAGCGCCCGUACCACUGCAACAUCUGUGGCAAGUUUUUCAAGUACGCCAGCCUCUUGCACCAACACCAGUACCUGCACACGGGCAAGAAGCCCUUCCGCUGCCGCGACUGCGGGAAAGUGUUUGCCUUUUCCCAGAACCUGCGUGCUCACCUCCGCCAGCACCAGAAGCAUCCACACAGCUGCCCUCACUGUCUGGACACCUUCUCCGACGAGGCCAAGUUGCAGGAGCACAUCGCCACCCACGAGCUGUCGCACGAGGCGUCUGUGGUGGACAAAGAGAAUGCUAACUACGCAGUGGAGCAACCACGGCUCUACAACUGCCCUCUGUGCUCACAGGUCUAUUACAGACCCGCUGACCUGAGGGUGCACAUGCUGGUCCAUGAGGCAGAGUAUGAGGGCAUGACUAACGGGGUAAAGCAAUCGGAGCCGACGUACGCCUGUGCUCAGUGCCCACUGUCGUUUUCAGACGAAGCAAGCCUGCAGUCCCAUGUCAUUACUCAUGAGGCUUCAUUCAUGAGGAGGGAUGUGCGGGGCGGGGGCCUCGGCAUGGGGAGGAGAGAGAGCAUGCCGGGGAGUGGUAUCUACGGUGACCAGAUAGACAAGAAACCUCUAAAAUGCCGAGACUGUGGCCGAGGUUUUCGCCACCGUUCUGUUCUGGAGUUGCACAUGCGCAUUCACAGUAAGGACAAACCAUACCGUUGCAAUGAGUGUGGCAAGUCUUUUAGGUUCGGCAGCUAUUUACAACAGCACCUCAUCAUCCACACAGGCAAGAAGCCAUACAAAUGCCCUGACUGUGGAAAAGACUUUGCAUUCCUCCAGAACAUGAGGACCCAUCAAAGACUCCACCAACAGAAGCCAUUCCGCUGCACGCAGUGCCGCAAAGGCUACAGUGAUGAGGACCAGCUGCAGCGACACAUGCUGUCCCACACAGGAGACAAACCCCAUAAGUGCCACCUCUGCAACAAAAGUUUUGGGCUGGCCUACCUGCUUCGAGAUCACAUGAACACUCACACGGGUGAGAGGCCACAUCGCUGCCAGGAGUGCAACAAGUCGUUUCAGUGGCUGAGCAGCUUGUUGGUGCACCAGAAGAUUCACACGCGCAAGCAUCAAGAGGGUAAGAGGGGCAGGAGAGGGGACAGUUUUAGAUCAGACUGGCAAAGAUGGGACAGAGCCCCUGGAACAAUGAUGCUCACCCAGCCAAGCACGUAUGCUGCCCCUGUGUCACAAGGCCAAGACUGGCAGGGAAGGAUGCCACCGCCACCGCAGCAGUCACAGAGCUUUGCACGUCAAUCUGACCCGCAGGAGCUGCCAAUGCAGCAGGAGCUGUGGCAGCCUGGCAUCGCAGUCACACAGCAAUCACAGAAGCGAGAACCACAAAGACAGCCAGAGCCGACAGUGAACACGGUCCAUGCCCCGCAGCAACAGCAGCAGCAUCAGCAAUGGCAAAUAGAGCGACAAACCCAGCCAGCCCAGGUGCAGAAUGUGACUUGGAUUUCUGUGAUGGCCCCACAGGCGAACCAAAUAGUGCAACAGCAAGCACAGCAAAAGUUACUGCAACAGCAACAACAAGCUCAGGCAGAAGCACUCUCACACUCCUUGCCACAGAGCCGUGCUGAGACGUGUGUGACUUCACAAGCAGGAAUUCUGUUUUCCAAACCCCACCCACGCCUAGAAGAUGGAACUCUUUCUUGGGGCACCAAAACAUCCCCAGUUGUUUCACACAUCCAAAGCCCAACAAAGGGCCCAACAGAGCAUGAGAGGAGUCCUCUUUCCAUCUUAUGGGGUAGCACUACUACCUCUGUGCAGCCACAGACCUCAACAGGCACUCUUCCUCAUGACACAGGGUCCAGUAUCGCCCCCACUAAGCCAAAUGAGCAAGAGCCACAGUUAUCACACGGGCCUAAAGUUUCAACAUCUACACCAACUACCCAGCCUGGGGUGUCCUCUCAAUCAUCGAAAGAUGACACUAAAUUAUGGAGUUAUAAAAUACCCAUUGGUAUAGCCCAAACUAUAUCAGACCAACCUGGCAAUGGUACAGAUAAACUACGACAACAAUCUCCAGGUUCAGCAAACCAGUCCAUGGCGACAAAUCAGACACAAAUAGACGCUUCUCACUUACCACCAGCAACAGAGAGUACCCUCUGGACAUUCCAAGCUACCUCAAUCAUUCCCAAGACCCUAAGUUCUCAAGACAGUAGUGCAGUAGAACAACUGCAGCAACAACAAUUGCAACCACAUCAACUAAUGCACUUGCAACAACAAAAGCUACAAUUGCAGCAGCAGCAGCAGCAACAAUUGCAACUGCAGCAGCAGCUGCAGAAACAACAACAGCAAUUACAACUGCAGCAACAGCAACAACAAUUACAGUUGCAACAACAACUACAGCUGCAGCAACAGCAGCAGCAGCAACAACAACAACAGUUACAGAUGCAGCAGCAGCAGCAACAACAACAACAACAACAACAACAACAACUACAGUUACAGCAACAACAAAUACAACUGCAGCAGCAAAAGCAACCUCCGUUAGCUUCAACCUGGGUGAAUCCCACCACAUCUUCACAAAUGAGCCCUAUAACCAUUCAGUAUGGAGCACCUCGUUUCCCACACGGGGACGCCCCUGCAGUGUGGGGGUUUCAGACGGCCCCAGGGGGGUCCCAGACAUUGUUAACAGGACCAAUACAGCAGGGGACAGUGCGAGGCCAGACCCAGUUGCCACUGAUGACGGGACCGCAGAUUAUCAUCAACCAGGCCCCACCGUUUCUCUCCCCCGCUCUACGACCACUACCUCCACUUGGCCUGCCAGCUCCACACCCCCUUCACUCCGUUGCAGUCAACCAGAUAUCGAGGCCGCCACCUCAGAACCUGUUUUUCAACCCACAGGGAAUAAUAGGCGAUAGGCCUCCUCGGCCCUUUGCUCAGAUAGCUCCUCGGACUGAGCUGCCUAACCUGACAGGCCGUUUGCCUUUCCCCACAGACCGCCGCCAGUGUGUGAUCUGUGGGUGUGCAUUCGCUCAAGAACUCGAGCUACAGAUGCAUUACAUGCAGCAUGCAAAAGGAGAAAUCUGAUGUGUACUACAGGAAAACAAGGCAAACGAGUUAUUUUUAAGCUGAUGUACCUCCGGCUUGAACACUGAUUCAUGUUCUUAUUGUUAAUUGUAUUAAAUUGAGCUUGAAAGGAUUGUGUAAUCAUGUAACUUGAUAUGUCAUGUUGGAAACAUUGGUUAUUACUGAUGAUGUGCUCUGAAAUGUUUUAUGUCAUUGAUUUAGCAUACAUGAAAAUGUAAGGACAUAUGUCAAGGUGAUGCACAAUUACAUUAAAGAAAUCCAGAUUUUAUACCUUU